CAACACAAGCGCUCAGCUGGUACUGCAGGCUACCGUAGUGGAGUUGGAGCUAGCCAGCUAGCAAAAUUACCGGAGUAGAAAAAUAUCUAGCAUUAAAUCCUAACUACGAUAUAAACCAGCCGUGUCAUGGGGGGAUCGCAGAGUGUCGAGAUACCGGGAGGAGGAUCCGAAGGUUACCAUGUUCUUCGGGUAUGUGUUUGUUUUUCUUUUUGACGUCCGCAAAAUAAUGUUAGCUAUCUGGCUAGCUAACGUUAGCAUCCGCAGGAGUGGUCCCUCAGCAGGACCUAAUUGUGGCCUCACGGUCAAAUAGAGGCUGGGGAUCACAUUCCGGCCUACAUGUAGCUAAUGCUAAUAAGCAGUGUUAACGCUACUUUCCCCAGCAUUUGCUACAGUUCCAUUGUGGAAUUGUCCAAGUUAAACGUUUGCAUGUAUCAUUUUACAUGCAGCUUUGAAAGGUAUAUGCGUUUUAUUGGUUGCAUGUAUUGUUUGGCAAGCACGGUUAACUGUCAAAACAACCAGGCAGUUAGCAUUAAUGUCGUUUAAAUGAGUUAGCCAGCUCAAUGCUAGCUAGUUGUCAAAAUAUUGCCGCGUUACUGACAGAAUCCUCAACAUCACAGAGUCAUGUCUUUGUUCUACACAUUUGUCCCACCACCUGAAUGUCUCAUUGCUCCCUAAAUGUAUAGACCUCCAUCUUAAAUAUGUUGAUGUGACAAGGAUCUUGAGACAGACAGGUAGCCAACCUUCUGGUAUUACAGGCGUAGCUUGUAAUACCUGUUUCAUUCAAAGGCUACUGCUAAAAUUUCAAAGAUGAUGUGCAACGCCAUAACCUUUGCCAAGAAGACUGGAUCUUGGCUGGAUCUCAUGGCACAGGCAGUAGUGUGAAUACCCUGUAACUUCCAUGGUCCUUGUUCAAGCCUUGCUCCAGCUGCUCCCCUUCAAUCACAAAAUACAGUUGUUACAAGUCAUGUCUCCUCUCUCUUCUGCUCAGGUUCAGGAGAAUUCUCCAGGACACCGGGCAGGACUGGAGCCUUUCUUUGACUUCAUCGUCUCCAUCAACAACGAAAGACUGGUAAGCAAAGACAUGCUGUUGAAUCGGUAUGUUCAACACACACUUACUACAUGCACAUUCACAAACCCCCACUGACAGUGAGGAUGCUGGCUUAUAUUGUAUAGCUCUAAUGAAUGUCCAUUCUACUUAUUCUAAUUAUAUAAUUUACCCUGUCUGUGUUUCAGAACAAGGACAAUGACACUCUGAAGGACCUGUUGAAGGCCAGUGUGGAGAAGCCGGUUAGAAUGCUGGUCUACUCCUCUAAGACCCUGGAGCUCAGGGAGUCCACAGUCACCCCUAGCAACCUCUGGGGUGGCCAGGGCCUGCUGGGUGUCUCCAUACGCUUCUGCAGCUUCGAGGGAGCCAAUGAGAACAUCUGGCAUGUGCUGGUGAGUAGCCAGUAGCCAAUGGGUGUGCCCAAUUUAGCUCGCCCCAGUGUACUGAUAUAAGGUGAUUAACCAAGGGUCUCUCUCUUUCUCAGGAGGUGGAGCCUAACUCUCCGGCAGCCCUGGCUGGCUUGCGGCCCCACACUGAUUACAUCAUAGGAGCCGACACCGUUAUGAACGAGGUGCGCACAUACUGACACUACUACACCAUGCAUUCUACUCUAGGAGUUAAGACUGGGAGCUUCACAAAAUAGCCAAUCAAAGCAUUUGGAUACGAGUCAUUGAAGUUGAUCGCUAUCUCUUCCACCUCUCUUCCUCCCCCUCAGUCGGAGGACCUGUUUUCUCUGAUAGAGACCCAUGAGGGGAAGGGAUUGAAGCUAUAUGUCUAUAACACAGACACAGACAACUGCAGAGAGGUGGUCAUCACCCCCAACAGUUCCUGGGGAGGGGAUGGCAGGUAACCAACAUACAAUACACACGCCACACACACACCUCAGUCUGACGAGUGACAUCACACUAAUGCUAUCUCCUGUUUCCCUGUUCUAGUCUGGGAUGUGGGAUCGGAUACGGAUACCUACACAGAAUUCCCACCCGGCCAUUUGAAGAAGGGAAGAAGAUUAGUUUUCCGGGUCACAUUCCCAGUGGUGAGCCCAUCAGCCCGCUCAAGGAUGGAUUUACUGAGGUUAGUAUUGACCCAGAACUCGACCAAAACAGAGCCAGAAUCACAACGGCUAUAACUGCAUGGACAGUCAGUGGACACUGUCACUUUAUGCUCUUUUGUAAUCCUUCUACAAUGACAUACACUGAGUGUACAAAACAUUAAGAACUCUUUCCAUGACAUAGACAGACCAGGUGAAUCCAGGUGAAAGCUAUGGUCCUUUAUUGAUGCCACUUGUUAAAUCCACUUCAAUCAGUGCAGAUGAAGGGGAGGAGACAGGUUAUAGAAGGAUUUUUAAGCCUUGAAACAUAUAUUGUGUAUGUGUGCCAUUCAGAGGGGGACUGGGCAAGACAAAAUAUUUAAGUGCCUUUGAACGGGUUAUGGUAGUAGGUGCCAGGUGCACUGGUUUGUGUCAAGAACUGCAACGCUGCUGGGUUUUUCACGCCAACUUGACACAACUGUGGGAAGCAUUGGCGUCAACAUGGGCAGAGCAUCCCUGUGGAACGCUUUCGACACCUUGUAGAGUCCAUGCCCUGACGAAUUGAGGCUGUUCUGAGGGCAAAAGGAGGAGGAGGUGGUGCCACUCAAUAUUACGAAGGUGUUCUUAAUGUUUUGUCCACUCAGUAUUUAUUGGGCAGUAUGUAUAGCUUUAGUCUCAGACUCAUAAUAGUAGUCCAUCGAUUUUUAAAGUGUCCUCUACUUAUUUGCGUGUUUUUCCCCACUCUUGGUUCAAUGCCUCCCCUCCACCCUGUCGUCAGGGCAAGGUUAUGAGCUAUGAGAGGCUCAUUAUGUAUGUAUGACUGUCCCUCCCAGUGCAGACAGGCGAGACAGAGAUGAAAGGUGUUCAUUAGAAUUGUGAAUUACUCGUUUAAAUGCACUUGACCUUACCUGUUCAUCAGCCACCCCUCUCAUCUUUCUCUAUUCCUCACUCCCUCUCCAUCUCUCUUUUUCUGCCUUAUUUCUCCCUCCCACUCAGGUUCAGCUCUCUGCUGUAACCCCACCCCCUGUUGUGCCUUCCGUCCCCACGGGGUUAGAACAUUCGCUGUCCAGCCUGUCAAUCAACUCAACCCCGCCCACCACCACGAGUGAGCUUCAGACAGGUAUUAAAUCUCUCUUUGUCUUCUCGCUCUCAACAUAAAAUGGUUUCAAAGUGUUAUGAAAUGUCUGGAAUGGAAUGUGGCACCAGGGUUAGACCAAUCAUUUUUAACAUGGUCCAGAUGGCCUCCCCGCCCCCAUUAAACUCCCACUGGAAAUGAAUGAUCGCAGUUGAAAUGCUACAGAUGGUCUAAAAGAGGGAUGCACAGACUUUAUUUGCUUGAGGGCUACAUAUUUUUCCCUCAUCAAUCUACACACAAUACCCCAUAACGAUGUAAAUAUCACAUUUACAUAAGUAUUCAGACCCUUUACUCAGUACUUUGUUGAAGCACCUUUGGCAGCGAUUACAGUCUUCUUGGGUAUGAUGCUACAAGCUUGGCACACCUGUAUUUGGGGAGUUUCUCCCAUUCUUCUCUGCAGAUCCUCUCAAGCUCUGUCAGGUUGGAUGUGGAGCGUCGCUGCACAGCUAUUUUUUGGUCUCUCCAGAGAUGUUCAAGUCUGGGCUCUGGCUGGGCCACUCAAGGACAUUCCGAGACUUGUCCCGAAGCCACUCCUGCGUUGUCUUGGCUGUGUGCUUAGGGUCGUUGUCCUGUUGGAAGGUGAACCUUCGCCCCAGUCUGAGGUCCUGAGCGCUCUGGAACAAGUUUUCAUCAAGGAUCUCUCUGUACUUUGCUCCGUUCAUCUUUCCCUCAAUCCUGACUAGUCUCCCAGUCCCUGCAGCUAAAAAACAUCCCCACAGCAUGAUGCUGCCACCACCAUGCUUCACCGUAGGGAUAGUGCCAGGUUUACUCCAGACGUGACGCUUGGCAUUCAGGCCAAAGAGUUCAAUCUUGGUUUCAUCAGACCAGAGAAUCUGGUUUCUCAUGGUCUGAGAGUCCUUUAGGUGCCUUUUGGCAAACUCCAAGGGGGUUGUCAUGUGCCUUUUACUGAGGAGUGGCUUCCGUCUGGCCACUCUACCAUAAAGGCCUGAUUGGUGGAGUGCUGCAGAGAUGGUUGUCCUUCUGGAUGGUUCUCGCAUCUCCACAGAGGAACUCUGGAGCUCUUUCAGAAUGACCAUCGGGUUAUUGGUCACCUCCCUGACCAAGGCCCUUCUCCCGCGAUUGCUCAGUUUGGCCGGGCGGCCAGCUCUAGGAAGAGUCUUGGUGGUUACAAACUCUUCCGUUUAAGAAUGAUGGAGGCCACUGUGUUCCUGGGGACCUUCAAUGCUGCAGAAAUGUUUUGGUACCCUUCCCCAGAUCUGUGCCUCGACACAAUCCUGUCUCUGAGCUCUACGGACAAUUUCCUUCAACCUCAUGGCUUGGUUUUUGCUCUGACAUGCACUGUCAACUGUGGGACCUUAUAUAGACAGGUGUGUGCCUUUCCAAAUCAUGUCCAAUCAAUUGAAUUUACCACAGGUGGAACCCAAUCAAGUUGUAGAAACAUCUCAAGGAUGAUCAAUGGAAACAGGAUGCACCUGAGCUCAAUUUCGAGUUUCAUAGCAAAGGGUCUGAAUACUUAUGUAAAUAAGGUAUUUCUGUUUUUAAUUUGUAAUACAUUUGCUAAAUAUUCUCAACCUGUUUUCGCUUUGUAAUUAUGGGGUACUGUGUGUAGAUUGAUGAGUAAAAAAAUUAAUUUGAUCCAUUUUAGAAUAAGGCUGUAACGUAACAAAGUGGAGAAGGUUAAGGGGUCUGAAUACUUUUCGAAUGCACUGUAGGUCCAUUAUAAUUUCUUCAUACUUUCUAUCUAGUUUUAGACAGUGUGGCCUGGAGUAUUGUUUAAAACCCAAAAUAAUAAUGUAUUUAUUUAUGAAUGUAUCUACUCAAACCUCCUGUGGGCGCCCACGGGACGUAGUUUGCCCAUCCCUGGUCUAAAAGAUCAUACUCUCUCUCUUUCUUUCUUUUCCAGGUCUCCCCACCGUUCCCCUGAUUCCCACCUCCCUUAGCCCCCUAAACCCAGCCUCCACGACCUUCAACCCUGCCACCACGCUACCAGGUCAGCACACGCCUCUCUUCAGAAUGAUAUUUGAAGAUCGAAUUGAAACUACCAAAUCUUACACAAUACCUUUUCUACACUGAAUAAGUAUACUUUUAUUUGUGUGCUGUUGUAGGUCUGUUGCCUCUCCCGGGUGGCCUGCCCCCAUUCCCAAACCUCCCUAAUCUCAACCUCACCGCGCUGCCAGACCUCAGUGCUGUAUCGCUAGCAGGUAAAGCGGGCUACCGCCACCUGGAAUAGCAGGUUUAUACAGCUAGCAGCUAAUGCUAACAGUGGGUUUCCACCCCCAGGCAUGAUGUAUUAUGUACCAGUGUGAUUAUUCCUGUGAUCAACUACAGAUCUCUCUCUUCUUCUCUCUCACCUGCCCCCUCCUCCCCCUCCAUUGCAGGAUUCCCUCCACUCGCACCCUUCCCUCCUCUGAACCUGCCAGGUCUAGCCCCCCUCCCCCCCCUGCCCGCCAUGCUGUCCCUUCCCCCUGUCAACGUCUCCUCCUUCACCCCCCUCACCCUUCCCACAGUCACCCCCACCCCAGAGCAGCAGACCCUCCCUGAUGCCACAGCUCCCUCUUCUGCCACCACAGAACCAGCUGUCGCCUCAGAGACCACGGAAUCAAAGGCUGCCACGGAGACGUCGUCGUAA